AUGGCACCCUCAAAGGCUUCAUCUAAAACCAAAUCAAAAGCAAAAACCAUCUUGAAAGAAACAAAGGCUUCAUCUACAUUAAGUUUAAAGCUUCUCAUCCACAAGAAAUACCAGAAAGUUCUGUUUGCAGAAGCCAGUAAAGAAUUUGUGGAUUUCCUUUUCCACAGCCUUUCUCUCCCUGUUGCCACUGUAAUCAGACUUCUCAAAAAGAAAUCAAUGGUGGGUUCCAUGGGAAACGUCUACGACAGCAUCAAAAACUUGAGUGAUACUUAUAUGCAGCCAAAUCAAAGUAAAGAGUGUGUUUUGAACCCCAAGAUUGCCAACUAUGGGGCUCAUGUCCCAUUAAUAUCGCUACCUGACGAUGACUAUGUCUCCAUGGUUAGAAAGUUUUACAAGUGUUAUCAGCAUUCAUAUGUAGCUGAUGAUCCUGCUGUUGUUUGUCCCGAGUGCAAAGCUGUUAUGGACACCCAGUUGUCCUACGUGGCUGAUGGUGGUGCAGCUAAGUUGACGGCGGAGGGUGGUGGUUUUGUGAAAGGGGUGGUGACAUACAUGGUUAUGGAUGAUUUGGUGGUGAAGCCCAUGUCCACCAUAUCUAGCAUCACCACGUUGAACGAGUUCAAGGUGAAGGACAUUGGUGGUCUUGAGGAAAAGGUGGUGUAUGUGGAUAUGAAAGAGGGUCUGAAGCUGCUGGAGGCCUCGUUACACAGCAAGAAUGUACUUACCAGUGUGUUUCUUGCUUAA